AUGAAGCGCAAGCUCUCAGACUCCGGCCUCGAGAACGAUCCUCCGGCCGCCUCCACCCCGAAGCGACAACGGACCACCAAUGGCGCCCGGAAAGGCCACGCGCCUAUCGCCAGCGGCGACGCUACCUACGAACUCCCGCCCUCUCAACAAGGCCAGUCAACGCCUAAGAAGGCCAAUGGCGUCGCCGCAACCCCGUUGAAAGAAUCCGGUCUGAAGACACCGACGCAUAAAUCGAAAGCCCGCAAUUUAUUCGCUACGCCGGCAAAGCCCAAAGCCGCGACUGCUGGUACCCCAGCGCGCCUGAAGAAAGCAGAUCAAUCCGCGAAGAAGAAGAGCGCCCGAGUCUUACUUGAGCAGAAUGAGGACACUGCCUGGGACGGGUCACAGCAGCUAGCAGAGGAGAUUCUGCAGGACGAGCAGGCGGAGGCGGUAGCUAGCGAUGCUCCGGUGGAGAGUGUAGAAGAUGCCGAGAAAAAUCCAAAUGCGAAAGACAAAGAUGCCAAACCGGCAAAGCGUCGGGCAGGUCGGCCCAAGGGUGCCAGGAACAAGCGGUCUCCUACACCUGAGGGAGAACUGCCCCCUCACGAGCGCUACUUCUUCCAGAACCGAGCAGGCACUAUCAAGACGUCUAAUACGACUUUAAAUAAGGUCACACUGUUGACGCAUGAAGAAUAUUUCGACAAAAUGGCUCAACAUACGGAUCCAUGCAAGGAUGAGAAAGAUUACCUGUUAUCAUUGCACCAUCGUUCAUUCCCUCAAUGGGCUUUUGAAUUCGAAGAGGGUUUCAACAUUUGCUUGUUUGGAUAUGGCUCGAAACGAAAGCUCGUGCAACACUUCGCGGACUGGGUAUAUCAGCGGUCUACAUCGAAGACCUCUCCUCCCAUCGUCAUUGUCAAUGGCUACACACCCGGAGUCUCCAUCCGAUCCAUAUUCGCUACAAUUGCGACAGCGCUACUGGGGGAAGAUGUUCCUUCAAAGCUUGGUGCACAGCCUACAGAAGUCCUUGAAUUUCUUCAGUCCGUCCUCAAGUCUAGGCCUGCUGACGAGGACCCGGUAACUGUUCUCAUUAACUCCGUUGACGCUCCGCCAUUGCGUCGCGCAGCCAACCAGGCUUUGCUUGCGCGCCUAGCAGCCACGCCCCGAAUCCGUUUGCUGCUCACUGCAGAUACGCCCAAUUUCACUGUCAUGUGGGAUAUCAGUUUGCGAGAUCAGUUGAACCUCGUCUUCCACGACUGCACCACCUUCACACCAUUCGCCGUGGAGUCAGAUGUCGUGGAAGAAGUCAAUGCUCUCCUUGGUCGCAAGGGCCAACGUGCUGGUGGAAAGGAUGGUGUAGGCUUCGUGCUCAAGAGUCUUCCGGAGAACGCGCGCAAUCUAUACCGUCUCCUGCUCACAGAGGUCAUCACCAUUAUGGAAGAUGGCCACCAAUCAGACGACGAGGGCGGCGCAGACAGCAAGCCCAGCGACGAGCAUGGCGUGGAGUUCCGUCUACUGUAUCAAAAAGCAACAGAAGAGUUCAUCGCAUCCUCAGAAAUGAUGUUCCGGACCCUGUUGAAAGAGUUCCACGAUCACCAAAUGAUCACCUCCCGGAUGGAUCCGAGCGGAAUGGAGAUUCUGGGCGUACCACUCUCCCGCGAUGAAAUGGAGGGUGUGCUGGAAGACCUGGUGCUCGGAUGA